UAUGUGGGAAUUGGGAUGGUGAAGUUGUGUUGUGUGGCAAAUGUGGCAAAUGUGGCAAAUGGGAAUUCUGAUUUCUGGGAUUUUGUACUAGUACACCGCUCUCUCUUCAUUCUUCACCUUUCGCUUAUUCUUCCAUAACCGUACCGUAGGGUUUGGAGGUUCCAUGUUCCGCGGCUAGAUUCGCCAACGCCUCACAGAUCCACAAACCUUCUCUUUCGCUCUCUCUCAUCCCUCAUGUUCUGGAAGCUCGCCUCCAUCUCCUCCUCCUCUCCCGUGGAGGCGAUAUUGGACAAGGAGAACUUCACUUUGGAAGAAAUUCUCGAUGAAGAGGAAAUAAUCCAAGAAUGCAAGGCCUUAAACAGUCGUCUCAUUAACUUUUUGAGAGAUAGAGCUCAGGUUGAGCAAUUGCUACGCUACAUCAUUGAAGAACCACCAGAGGAUGCUGAAAACAAACGGAUCUUCAAGUUUCCAUUCAUUGCCUGUGAGAUCUUUACAUGUGAAAUUGAUGUAAUUUUGAAGACCUUGGUGGAUGAAGAAGAGCUCAUGAACUUAUUAUUCUCCUUCUUGGAGCCUGAUCGAUCUCAUAGUACCUUACUGGCCGGGUACUUUAGCAAGGUUGUCGUUUGCUUAUUGAUACGAAAGACAGUACCACUUAUGAAUUAUGUUCAAGCCCAUCAACAUGUUUUUCGCCAACUGGUAGAUUUGAUAGGCAUUACAUCCAUUAUGGAGGUUUUGGUUCGAUUAGUUGGUGCUGAUGACCACGUAUAUACCAAUUUUAUAGAUGUGAUGCAAUGGUUGGCUGAGAGCAACCUGCUAGAGAUGAUUGUCGAUAAAUUAAGUCCAUCUAGUCCUCCUGAAGUUCAUGCCAAUGUAGCUGAAACAUUGUGUACCAUUACUCGAGUUGCAUCAUCUACUCUAGCAAUUAAGCUUUCAAGUCCAAGUUUUGUUGCAAAAAUUUUGGGUUAUGCAUUGGAAGAUUCACAAUCAAAGUCUAGCCUUGUCAACUCGCUCUCAGUGUGUAUUUCUUUGUUGGAUCCUAAAAAAUCAGCUAUUUCAUCUCCUUUUUUCCAUUCAUUCCGAAGUCAAAACAUGUAUGAGCCACCAAUACCUGUAAACCCAGAUACUAUUGGUGCAAUGCUACCUAAACUUGGUGAAUUUCUUGUGCUUUUGGAUGUGUCAUCCGAUAACAAGGUAUUGCCUACAACAUAUGGCGAAUUGAGACCUCCACUUGGCAAGCAUCGAUUAAAGAUUGUGGAGUUUAUUGCAGUACUUCUUAAAACUGGAAACGAAGUGGCAGAAAAAGAAUUGGCCAACACAGGAACCAUUCGACGAGUCAUUGAUCUUUUCUUUGAGUAUCCAUACAAUAACUCAUUACACCAUCAUGUAGAGAGUAUCAUAUCAUCAUGUUUGGAGAGCAAAUCUGAUGCCAUUAUUGAUCAUCUUCUUCGAGAUUGUGAUUUAGUUGGAAGGUUUCUCCAAGCAGAUAAACAUUGUAUUCUUUCUGCUGAAAGCAAUCAGCCCACAGUACCUGCUGCUGGAAAACGGGGAACACGGGUAGGAAACAUUGGACAUAUUACCCGCAUUUUCAAUAAACUUGUUCACUUGGCUCAUAACCAAACCCACAUUCUGGCAUGUCUUCAGGAGAAUACUGAUUGGAAUGAGUGGCAAGCUACAGUUCUUCAGCAGCGUAAUGUGGUUGAGAAUGUUCACCGUUGGGCUUGUGGGCGUCCAACUGCAUUACAAGAUAGAAUGAGGGAUAGUGAUGAUGAAGACCUUCAUGACAGAGACUACGAUGUUGCAGCUUUAGCAAAUAAUUUGAGCCAGGCUUUUAGAUACAAAAUUUAUGGAAAUGAUGAUAAUGAAGAGGAUCAUGGCGGUCUUGAUCGAGAUGAUGAGGAUGUCUACUUUGACGAUGAUUCUGCUGAAGUAGUCAUAUCAUCUUUAAGAUUAGGUGAUGAUCAAGGGAGUAAUCUGUUUACAAACUCCAACUGGUUUGCAUUCCAAGACGACAGAAUUGGUGAUGCAUCUGGGGGCACAUCAUCCUCUGAGAUGAUGGAUGAGAUAAAAUUGAAUGCAGCUGCAAAUGGUGGUAGCAACAGUAGUGAUGAUGAGGUAGUGGUUGGAGAGGAUGAAGAAUUGACUGACACCAAUAAUACUGUGAAUGGUACAUCUAGCUCUAGCACGAACUUCUUUAGUGGAUUAACUGGUAAUGAUUCCAUGAAUGGGGGCACUUUAGACUUAGAAAGUGAGAAGGCAAGUCCUUCACAAGAUAUGGGAUUCUUCAGGUUUGAGGCACCAGACAAUGAGGACUUGUUCGGGGAUAGGCCCUUACCUGAUUGGGUGGGAUGGGGUGAACCAUCAGAUAUACAACAUGCUGGCUCAAGUAUGAAUCCCUUUCUGGAUCAUGCUGAGUCUGGCAGUGAUUUGUCUAUUGAGUCUCAAGUAGGCAGCCCUAGUCUGAGUUCUCCUUCAGGUGGGGAAUCCAUACCUUCAAAUGGGUCUGCAACUACUAGAGAUUCAACCAAUGGGGGCAAUGACUCAAAUCAAACAUCAGUAGCAGCACCCUCACUAUUUGAAGAGGAUGUAGAAUUUGUAGGUGUAGAACUAGAAGGUACUGAGAAGGCAAUGGACCAUGCUCUCAAAGAAGGCGUAGUUGGAGAAGCAGGACCUUUGAAAAAAAACAUUGUCUCCAAAGUUCCUGAAAAGGAAAAUUCUGAAGAAGGCGGUCCUGGUCUGAAGGAGUUUAACGAUUCGAAUUACUGGAGGGUUGACAAAGAGGUUGCUGUUCUAGAGUUAUGAUGGACUGUGUUUGUAUGAAAAAUUGGAUCAACAAGGUUAUGCAACAAAUUAGUGUACAGUAUAUUUUUGUUUCCAUUAUGUUCUGUUUCUGAUGUUUCAGCAUUAUUAGAUAUUAAGCUUGUUUAUUAAUUUGAAGUUUUGCCUCUGCCUGCAAGUGAUUGAAAGGGAAUUCCCACAUUUAUUGAAUAUUAAUUUUGGUCUUCUUUUUUCA